AUGUCCCAAAAGGGGGAUGCAGAAGGCUCCAGCGCAGAGGACUGUGUUUGCAGUCCCCAACACAGCUGUGCAGUUUUCCAGGAGGACAUGGAACGAGCCAGCUCCAUGCCAGGCCUGCCGGGGGCAAGGUCUGGGGCCCGAGUUGGGGCUGGCAGCAGGAAGAGGGUGCUCAGGAAGAAGGCCCAUCUAGAUGCCAGCUCCCAGGCUGGGGACACUGCUGGGGCUGUGGGACAGAGCCAGGAUUCCCCGCCUGGCCCCAGGCUGCACAUGCAGCUGCCCAUGGUGCCUGCUCAGGGGAGGGCUCAAACCUUCAAGAGGCUCCAGGUUUCUCUGCAUGACAUCUUAGCUGAAAGUUGCCCCCAGAAUCUUUGUGGCUUGUCUGCGGGUCUCACGAAGAGAGCUCUGUUUGGCAGGGAGGGGUUGGUGGGGGUAAAGGAGGUGAGCUGCCCCAGGCCCAAGGAAGCAGGAGAUGGUGGGAUGUAUUCUCCAGGGUGUGAUGGACAAAGCCCCAUACUCUACAGAAAGAAGCCCCCUGAAAAGGGCCUGCCAUCCUCACCAGCCCCAGCCCGCGUGAGAGCAAGAAAGAAACGGUGGAAGUGUGGGGUCUGUUCAGAGGGUGGGGAGUGCGCUGGUGGCUUCUUGGGGCUUGAUCAGAGACCUGGUGACGACAACCCUCAUUCUGUGGGAAGCCCCUCCCAAGGUGCUGACCUGGAGUCUGUGGGAGGCUCCCGCAGACCUCUCUCUCCCCAGGACACUGGGUCUGAUUCUGUAGAUCCAGGUGGAAGCUGGGGGGGAUGUGCCUCCGGGACUGAGAAGUUUGAGUAUUUGCUCACUGCAGGAAAUAGGGCACAGCCAGGCAGCCCUUGUGGGCUCUCAGUGCCCAGUGGAGGAGAGUCCCCCAGGCCAGCUGCACAGGGUCCUCCACAGAGCCCUGCACUGUGCCUGGGAGUGUCUGCACCGGCUUCUGCAGCUGAGCACAUCAUGGGGACUGGCAGCGAUGAAGGCUCUGCUGCUUCCCACGACCAAGAGGAGUUGGAGGUCAGGGCUCAACCAGCGUCCAGGGGAAGGCUGGGGCAAGGACUCGCUUUCCCUGCUGAUGCCUGUGCCAGCUCCCCAGAGCCCUCGGGCAGCCUCAGCUCCUGCUUGGAGCCUGCAGCUAGCAAGGCCUGCUCAGGCCCAUUCAGGGGACAGAGAGGAUCCCAGUAUGCUAGGAAGCCAAGCGGGGGUCCAGUGCCCUGUGCCCAAGAGCAGGGCACAGACAGAAGCUCAGACAACUCCACCCAGGAUGAGCCAGAGGAAUCCAGCCCUGGAGGCUGCCCCAGACUGGAGGAAGUGAAAAUGCCCCAUGGGGUGAAGCCUGUGUGUUAUGUCGGUUCUGGGGCCGCGAUCCAGCUCCUGGGGACCAUCAGCUACAGCCAGGCAGGUGGGCGGCAGGUGCUGAAGCUGGAGGCUCUGGAGGACUUGGAGAUCAGCUCACCCUCACCUUCCCAGAGGCUCAGAGGGAAGGAAAGACCCAUAGCUCGGGGCCCUGCUGGGUGUCAGGCCUUUGUUCCUGGCAUAUCCUACUGCCCCAAGAUUUUGGACUCUGGUGGCCUCUCUGACCCCUUCCACCCUCCAAGAAGCCGUUCCCUGUCCCUCAGGGACCCCACCUCUGAUGCUGACUGUCCAGGGCAUGGCCCAGUGGAGGCUGAAGAGGAGAAGCCUCUCCAAGCGGGGGCAGAGGACUCAGCUCGACUUCAGCUUCGACAGGAGAAGCUACCCCUGGGAAUCAGGAUACGGAGCCGUGUGGUCCGUGCCCUGCAGAAGGUGCUGUGGAGUCGCGUCCAGGAGCUUCCAGACCAGCUGCUGAGUGAGGAGAAGGUGGAGGACGUUGCUGCUGGCAUCGAGGCAGCCCUCUUCGACCUGACACAAGUCACCAACUGCCGCUACAAGACCAAGUACCGCAGCCUGCUCUUCAACCUGCGUGACCCCAGGAACCCAGACCUGUUUCUCAAAGUGGUUUGCGGCGAUGUCACCCCCCAUGACCUGGUGCGGAUGAACUCAACCCAACUGGCCCCCCAGGAGCUGGCCUGCUGGCGGGACCAGCAGGAGAAGAGGGUCCUGGAGAUCAUUGAGCAGCAGCAGAAAGAGCCACGCAGACUUCCAGCCUCCAAAAUGACCCACAAGGGAGAAGUCGAGAUCCUGAGGGACAUGGACCAGACACUAACCCUGGAGGCUCUGGUGGGACCCAUGGUGUCCACAGACUGCAGCCCACUGGCCCUGCCUGCCACAUCAGAAGACACCACAGAGCAGCAUGAGCACCACUUCCUAGACUCCAACUGCCACAUCUGCACGGAGUGGAAGUCCUGGACGGAGCUGUCAGGCUCCUUAAAGGACACCAGGAGCAGAGAGGACAAUGUCUUCCAGAGAGCCCCAAGCCCAGCUCCUGUGUUCUCUCCAGAGAUGCCCAAAGCCAGGGAGAUGCCUCCCACAGAGCCCCAGGACAGGGUCCUUCCCUCCAGGCUCCAGAUGCCUGCUGGACCCACAAAGGCCCUGCCUAGUCAGCCACCCUGGGAGGGCACCCUGGACAUGUUCUCCAUCAAGCAGUUCCGGGUCAAGGCUCAGCUGGUCUCGGGACAGAGCUGUCGGCUCAUCCAGGCUCUGCCCGAGGUGAUCCGCUCAGCAGGCUGCAUUGCCCCCAACACUGUCUGGGACCUGCUGGCCAGCAUCUGCCCAGCUGAGGCCAGGGAUGUCUGUGCAGUCAGACUGUGCCCACACGGGCCUCGGGACACCCAGAACUGCCACCUGCUCUACUCCUACCUCAACAGCAAGCAGUGCCACGGCCUGGGAGCCGUGCAGCACAUGGGCCUGGUCCUGCUGCCCCUGCCUGCCUUCCAGCCCCUGCCCACCAGACUGCGCCCUCUGGGGGGCCCAGGUCUGGAAGCCACUCACUCAAGCCUGUUGCUGGCUGUGCUGCUCCCUAAGGAAGGACUUCCAGACACAGCAGGGUCCAGCUUUCUGUGGGGAAAGGUUCGCAAGGUGGUCUCCUUCAACAGGAAAGUGGAGAAGAGAUACUACCAGCCAGAGAACAGGAGGCCGGAUGUGGCUCUGAAGGGCUCCCCUUCCCCAGGGCGUGCCCUGCAGCAGAGCCAGGGCAAGGACAGCCUGGCUCCAGGGGGAAUGUGUGCUUGGCAGAGACUCCCCAGAGGCAGGGGGAGACUGUGGGCAGAGGCUGAAGCCUGGCAGGGUUCUGAGCAAGGGCAGUGGCCUCCAGAACCAGGCUGGUGCCAGUCCUGGCAUCCCUAUUCAGCAGCACCAGCUGUCCAUGGUUUUGGCCGUGGCCAGCACCUCCAUAGGACCUCCUGUCCCCACCAAGCCCUGCUCCAGUACCUUGAAUCCCUGGUGACCAUGAGUCAUCAGCUCCAAGCCUCACUGUUACCCCCUGGCCAGGAGAUGCUUCCAGCACCCUCUGCGGCAUCUGCCCAGCCCCCCCCAGUCCCUGGGAUUCUUGCCCCCCUCUGCCAGCCCCGUGCAGGUCCAGAGCCCCCUGACCCAGCCCCUGACACCUCCUUGGGCCCUACAGAGAGAGCUGACUCUUAGUGUCCCCUCCCUAGAGAGACCUGACCCUCUUCACCCACUAGAACGGGGGCUUUGAUUCUCUCACCAGUGCUGAACCCUGAGGAGUUUCAGGGAGAGGCAGGGGUGGAGGAAGGGAAGGGUCAGCUCUACCUACUUGCCCUGUUUGAGUUUCCUGUUCUGCAGUCUGUUUGG